UAACUUGACUAUUAUUAAGAAGAUGGUGAAUAUAACAAAUGUGAGCGAGUAUGAAGCAAUUGCAAAGGAAAAGUUGCCAAAGAUGAUUUAUGAUUACUUUGCGUCAGGGGCAGAGGAUGAGUGGACUUUGAAAGAGAAUCGGAAUGCAUUCUCAAGGAUUAUGUUCAGGCCACGUAUUCUUAUCGAUGUAAGCAAGAUAGAUUUGACAACAACUGUCUUAGGCUUCAAAAUAUCAAUGCCUAUCAUGAUUGCUCCUACAGCCGCGCAAAAGAUGGCUCACCCUGAAGGAGAAUACGCUACUGCUAGAGCAGCAUCAGCAGCUGGCACCAUCAUGACACUAUCCUCAUGGGCUACUUCCAGCAUUGAGGAGAUUGUUUCAACCGGACCUGGCAUUCGCUUCCUCCAACUCUAUCUGCUUAAAGACCGAAAUAUGGUUACUCAGCUUGUGAGAAGAGCUAAAAAGGCUGGUUUCAAGGCAAUUCUCCUUACUGCAGACUCUCCGGUCAUUGGUCGUAGAGAGGCUGACAUAAAAAAUAGAUUUAUACUGCCAUCAUAUCUGAGAAUGAAGAACUUUGAAGUCAUGGAUCUUGAAAAGUUGUAUAAGAUUAAAGACAAUGGUGGUCUCAUCUCUGUGACUAAUGGUCUAUAUGACCAAUCACUCACCUGGAAGGAUGUAAAAUGGCUUCAAACAAUCACCCCAUUGCCCAUUUUAGUGAAGGGAGUACUUACGGCUCAAGAUGAUAAAGCUCAAUCUUCAAAGCAGUUACCAUAG